AUGCUAUGCCGCAAUCUAGGGCACUGGCAGAGUGUUGUCGGUCUUGAAAUACAUGCACAAAUAUCUUCUCGCUCAAAACUAUUCUCUGGCGCUAGUACUAAUUUCGGCUCUCCUGUCAAUUGUAAUGUUUCCUUCUUUGAUGCUGCAACUCCAGGGACUCUGCCAGUGCUGAACCGAAGUUGUGUGGAAGCUGCUGUUCUCACAGCCUUGGCUCUUUCUUGCAAAAUCAAUGCUGUAUCUUUAUUUGAUAGAAAACACUAUUUCUAUGCUGAUCUUCCAGCAGGAUAUCAAAUUACACAGCAAAGAGCACCAAUUGCAGAAGAUGGAAAGCUACAAUUCCAAGUAUAUACACCAAGUAUUCAUAAGAAACCAUAUUUAAAAUCAUCACGAAUCAAACAACUUCAGCUGGAACAAGAUAGUGGAAAGUCACUCCAUGACAGUACUGAAAAAAGGAGUCUUGUCGAUUUGAAUCGGGCUGGUGUACCACUGAUGGAAUUAGUGUUUGAACCAGAUCUAGAGGAUGGAGAAGAAGCAGCAGCUUUGGUGAAGGAAUUGUGUCUCAUUCUGCUGCGGCUGAAUACUUGUUCUUGUAAAAUGGAAGAGGGAGCUUUACGUGUUGAUGCCAAUGUCUCUGUCCAUCAGCCGAGUGAGCCUUUGGGAACUCGCACAGAAAUCAAGAAUAUUGGCAGUAUUAGAGGUGUUGCUAAUGCUAUUCAAUUUGAGAUACAAAGGCAAAUUAAUAUUUUAAAUAAAGGGGGUGUUGUUAUAAAUGAAACUCGUUCUUGGGAUCCUGUGUACAAACAGACAUUGCCUAUGAGAGAUAAGGAAGAAAAGCAGGAUUACAGAUAUAUGCCAGAACCUAAUCUACCUCCUUUGAGACUCUUGAUAGAGGGACAACUUAUUCCCAAAGAUGCUAAAAAUCUGGUUAAUGUAAGAGAAUUGCAAAAUCGUAUUCCAGAAUUACCAGAAGAGACUAGAAGAAAACUUAUUAAACAAUAUGGGCUCUCAUCUGAAUCUGCAAUUCAAUUAGUGAAUGAAGACCAAUUGCUACAACAUUUCAUUGAGAUAAUGAAAUUAGAGGGAAGAGAUGCACAGAUGAUAGUGAAUAUUCUUUUAAUACAUCUAUUAACAACUUUAAACAAGAAUAAAUUAUCAUUAGAAAAAUGUUCUGUCACCUCUGCAACAUUGGGUGAAAUAGUUGAUUUGUUGCAAGAAGGCAGAAUCAAUUUACUUAUCGCUAAGAGGGUUUUAAAUGAAGUUGUGAUUGGAAAUUUGAAGUCUCCAUCUUUGAUUGUAGAAGAAAGAAAGUGGAUUCAAAUAACUGAUGAAGAUGAAAUUACCAAGAUUUGUGCUGAUGUGUUGAAAAACAAUCAGAAAAUGGUUGAGCAAUAUAGAAAUGGGAAAACAAAAUUAUUUGAUGCUUUUGUUGGACUUGUUGCAAAGCACACUGACCAGAGGGCAAACAUGGAAGUAGUAGUGAAGAAACUUAAAAUGUUGCUGCAAAAAUAACUGCUUAAAGAAAUCUACUUUUCCUAGUGCUCAAAUGCAGAAGAAUUGAUGCCACUCUCGAAAGAUGUGAUGGUCCUCAAACAUUGAGGAUUAUCAUAUCUGAAAGCAAUUGAGGCCAGAGAAAAUGGACUUGUAAGAAGAAUCGUCAAGUUUCUUAUCCCUUUCACAUGACUUGGAAAUGCUAUAAAAAUUAUUCAUGUAAACAGGACUUGUUUUUGUUAAAGUGCCCUUAUAACUUUAAUGAAACGACUUAAAACAGGGUUCAUCAUGGAGCCAAGGCCUAUUUCUCACAGCUCUUGAGAGGUGGCUGGGACCUAGUAGGAAAGCAAUGAGAAAUUCAUCACUUAAAAAGCAUGCAGACCAUUCUCAUUCCACUGCAUCAUCCCCAUCUCAUACAGAGAUAUUACCCAUGAAAGCCUAUAAGCUCAGAUACUAAACCAUCUAUUCAGAUUGUCUUAGGAUGAUUAUUUUGGCUUCUGGUUUUGACAAUAUUUAAACAAACAAUUCUAUCAAGGAAGAUAUUUCAAUCAACACCUAUGAUAAUCAACACCUAUAUAACCAGCAGGUUCAUGAUCAAGCAGAAGUGUUGUAGAAUUAUCUUCAUAUUUUAAAAACAUCAUUGAAAAUGGUAUGGAUUUAGGAUAUUACAUGCCUCACUAACCAGAUCCUGACAAGGCAUAUGGAACUGAGCCAACCAACCCUUGUGACCUUACCGCUGCUUUGCUCUUGCUACUGCUCCCACUUUAUGAGUUUCGGCUGCUACUGCUCUUGGCAGCUUUUGACUCCGAACUUGCCUUUCUGAUUAGCCCUGUCUGAAAAUAAGAGUACUUUGAAAGAUGAAAUGUUAUCUGUUACUGUUUGGUAUUCAAGAGAGAAACUUGUUUAAAUUGCAAAAAGCACUAAGCAAAUUACUAAAAACACUUAUAAAAAUGAAUGGAAAUGCUCCUGUCUGUGUUUCAUAAGGUUUCACAUGUUACCUUCUGUAAAUUAGUUGUAAAAUUAGUUCAUUAAAAUAAUUUAUUAAAAAAAAAAAGCUUAUCAUUAAAAAUGAUAUGUUUUAUAACUACUGGGUUUAUUUCAGCUAUAAUUCCCUCAUGAAAACUUAUUUCUUAGCACAACAGUAAGCCUAUUCCUGAACUCAACUUUUAGAAAAAAUAGGUAUGCAUUUUUAUAUUUCAGGACGUCAAUUCUGUGCUUUUUCGUGACAAAUGCCGUUUGAUUUUUUUCUUUAUUAUUAAUCAGUCACAUGCAUCUAACCCCUGUUAACACACAACCCUACAGAGUUGUUAAGCGCACUUGCACCUACCUGUAUGGUAAGAAAUGUAACAUCCUUUGCAACAUAAAUAAACAAAU